CGCCCGCGGCGCCCGCCGCCGCGCCCGCGCCCGCGGCCCGCGCCCGCGCCGCCACCCCCGGGCCCGCCCCGCCCCCCUCCGCCCCGCGACCCGCCCCGGCCCCAGUCAGAUAAUCGUUCGCCCAUGCCGCGCCCGCGCCCCCCGGGCCGUCGUCGGCAUCCACGCCCUGGCCCGCCGCCGCCUCCGCCUCCGCAUCCGCAUCCGCUUCCUCGCACAAAGUUUACUUCUCCUACUUCGAGCGCCCCGAGGAUGACGCCGCUUUCGACGAAGACAACAGGGAUCAGAACCAGUACCUGACGGAGGCCAAGAGGCUGAAACACGGUGCAGACCGAGAAACUGACCACACAGCACAGGGAAUGCAGUACCUGGAGGCUGUACUCUUCUUCCUGCUGACCGGGAAUGCCAUGGAGCAGGACACACUAACAGAGAAGGCUGCCUUCACGAUGUACAAGGACACUUUGUCUUUAAUAAAGUAUAUUUCCUCAAAGUUCCGUUGCCAACAGAAUAACACUCCUCAAGCUAAUAUUGACAACAAAUUGGCUGUUUUGAGCUUGCGGUGUCAAGCGUUACUGUACCUUAAGCUAUUUAAAAUGAAGAAACACGAGAUGAAAGAAUACCAAAAGGUGUUGGCUGAUUAUCAUCAAAAAGCACCACAAACCACCCAGCUGCAACAUGAAGGCUGUGGCAUGGCGGCUGCAGCUGGGGGCCAGGGCACUCCAUCACCAAUGUCACCAACUCCAUCACCUGCUGGCUCAGUGGGGUCAGUAGGGAGCCAGUCAUCAGGCUACAGCAGUGGUGAGUUGGCUGGCCGGGGGGCAGGAGCAAAUGCCGUAGGGCACACUCCUCCUGUGCCCCCUACUGCCCAGCCAGCACCUGUGCCUUCUGGCAGCAUGGGUCCUUGCUUAUCGGUGCCUAUAGCAGUGCACAACGCUAUGCAUAAGCAGUCACAACAUGUGUUGUCAUUGCUGUCAUGUCAUGAACUGUGGGAGCAAGCAGAUUCACUCGUUUACAAAGCCAAGCACAGAGAUUUUUUCAUUCAGUUGGAUCGCUCGUGUGGUCCACUGACCCUGCACAGUUCGCUGAAAGAUCUAGUGAAGUAUGUGCAAGUGGGUAUCCAGAGGCUCAAAGAGAUGAGUAGUGCUCGCUCUCCUGAAGACACAUCAUCAACUGCCUCAGGACGUGUUUAGCACUCAAACAUACAUUUAGCCAGGCGGGAGAGGAUUUCUUAAUAUUUUGCAGACGUAGCAUUUGUAGACUUGGUAUAUACAUACAAUUAUAUAUAUUACAUAUAAAAAGCUGUUCCUUUACCAGGCAGCUUGUGCUACGGCCAAGGCUAGCGGCACUUUGUGUAGGGUUCACCAGCAGCCACACAAGUAAACAAUGGUUGUAUAUUUUUUGUAUGUUAUAUAUUGAGGAAAGCUGUGCAAAAGGCCAACGAGUUACUUCCUCUGCUCGCCAAAGUGUAUCUUCCGAGCAUUAAUUUGUCUUCAUCCGAUUGGUUCCGUUCCAAUAAUUUGCACCAGCCACAUUCCCAGUGCAAGAUGUGGAACUGUGGCUAGAUGGGGUCGGAGGCUUGGCUAUGUGCUGAGGAUGGAAAGGUGCCUGUUGUACAGUAGUAAUUAAUGUAAGUUGGCAUUCAGCCGACUUAUUUUAUUUAUUUUGACUUGUCUCACAUAUUUAUUUUAUUGUUCUAAUAAUGAUGUUAAUUGUUGCAAGCUGUACAACAGAGCUGCCAUCUUGAUUGUUCUGUGGUGGACCACUGUUUAGUGUCUUUUCUGCUCAAGGGUAGAAGGGGAGCAAAUUUGACCCUUCUCGGUUUGUCUCUGACCACAGUUUCUUAAGGUGUUGAAAUUCUGAAUGUGUGAUUUUAAUGUGUUGUGUUAUAAAAUAUGUAUAUAUAUGUGUGUGUGUAUACAUAUAUACACACACACACGUGUGCAUGAGUGUGUGUGUGUUAUGAUCUGUUAAUGAUGGUUUUUAUUUAUUUUCAAGUGAUGCAUGUUCUGAAACAAAAGAUGGGAUGAAAAGGCACAGAAUGCAGAAAACUUUUCUGCAGUGCGUCAUUCCGCAGAAUAGCUGGUCCACACUCUUUUUCCGAGGAAGUAGUUCUAAAGCUUUGAGUUUAUUGUAUUUGCUUGUUACAGAUAUGCUGAAUGUUUGCAUUUUAUUUUGUUUGAUGAACUUUUACAUUUUUCUAUUCCUCUGGGACGUAUACAGGAAAUCUAUUUCAAUCUUUUAUAUUUUAUUGUGCUGGUGGCAAGGUGCUGGGUCAAGAUUAUCUUUAGUCAUGCUGGUUAUUUCAAAACCAUUUUUAAAUUGUCUACUAGGACCUCAAAAUUUAGUCAAUUACUAAGAACUAUACCCUCAUCUGUACUUUUCUUCCUGGCCAUGGUGGACCCUUGAAUGUAUUUAGAGGAAGACUGAUGUGAGUGUGUGAGAAUCUGAAAAAUUUGAUAUUUGCGUCAUAAAAACAUUAAAAAAGUUGUAUAAGCCUUUAGCCAAGCCUUCGGGGGGGUGUUACAAGUACUAGGCAUGAGAUGAAACAAAUAUUCUGGAGGAGAAACCAAAGUUCAUAAUAAUAACUGGAAAAAAUGAAAAAACAAAAUGAAGCCUAAAAGUGACCUUCUGUACCAGACAUCAGUACCUUUGUAUCAAAUCUGAGAGUAGUGGUAAUAGUUGAAGAGAAACAUUAUAUUUCAUUCUUAAAAACUCAAAAUUGUUUUACAAAUUUAUUAUUAUAUAAAUGUAAAUAUAUGAAUGAAC